AUGAACCCCGACGAUUACACAUCCGACGAUAAUCGGAAAAGAUAUAGAGAAAAUGAAGAGCAGUCUUUUUCGAAAAGCAAAAAAGUAUCAAGAACCCCAGAUAAAAGGAACACAGAGGAAGAAAAACUAGACCAAAUAUUAAAUAUGAUGGCAAACUUAACGAAAGAGACACAAGAUCUGAAAAUUCACGCAAAAAAAAUUAAAGAGGAGCAAAGGCAAUACAGAGAAGAAAUGAGGGAACUCCGAAUUGAAUUAGAAGAAUUAAGACAAGAGAAUGGUGAAGUGCGAAGAGAAAAUGAACAUAUGAAAAAGGAACUGGAAGAUGUAAAAGUGCGCCUUGAAAGACUCGAUAGAGCAAGAAAAGAAAAUAAUGUUAUAAUCCUAGAUGUUAGCUCAACUGAUAGUAAAAGAAAAGAUGCAGGGAAAGAGACAACUACAGAGGAAAAAACUACCGUGGCUCAGAAAUAUCCGACAAUCGAUGGCCUAUGGAAGGAAGGACAUGGGUAA